AUGGCUUCUAUUCUCACCAUCGGUGCUGGCGCCGCCGUCGCCGCUUUCCUCGGCCGUGCUGGUCUCGUCGCCUGGCGCCGCUCGCGCGGUGGUGUCGGGGCCAUGGGCAAGGCCUUUUACAAAGGAGGCUUUGAGCAAAAAAUGACCAAGAAGGAGGCGACUCUGAUCCUGUCUCUCAACGAGCGCUCCCUCACCAAGGACAAGGUCCGCAAGGCGCACCGCACAGCCAUGCUGCUCAACCACCCCGAUCGAGGCGGCAGCCCGUACCUGGCUACCAAAGUCAACGAAGCAAAGGAACUACUCGACAAGGCGGUAUAG